CAUCAACCAAUUGCGGGGUUACUUAUUAUACACUUGCCUGCUAUCUUUCCCAUGUAUAUCCCAUUCCGUCCUAGCCGCGGUUCGGAAGUGGGGAACCAACAGAGACCACCCCUCAAGGAAGUUAAAUGGAGCUUUCUUAUUGGUGUUUCAAUCCCUUCACAUAUCCACUUUGUAGUGCUGCAGGAGAUCCUGUCAGCAAGGCUGUAUUUAUUAUAGUUAGGAUCUUCUUCGUUAUCUUCGACUUUAUCUUUUAUUUUCCCUUUUAUUUCUCGCCCGUUUCUCGUUCCUACUACUUGCGUGUUGAAGUGUUUUAUGUUUUAUCAAAUUACUAUGAUAUACUCUAACUCUCCUUAUUCUCGUUUAUGAUUUUACAGCUAUAUUUGCCGGACUACUUCAAUUGCUUCUACUUCAAUUGCUUUCCUUGCAAUGACACAUGUCGAAGUUUCUACUACAGAAGCUGGAGUUUCGGUAAGUAACCCAUUUUUCUUACAAUUUAGCAGAAACAAAAUUCGAACAAGUAUCUGGUACUAAUUCUCUCCCACCUCUCAGAAACCGAAAACCCGACCAUCUCUCAGAUCCCUCUUCAAAUCAACAUCCCGCUCAAAGAGCCUUCCUCCACCUUACACCCCCACCACAAAAAGCACACCAAACCCGCCAAAGCUUCCUAG